AUGAGUCAACAGAGGCAGAAGGACACUGACAAGGACAGGGACAAGGAAAAGGAGAAGCUGGACAGUGGCCAAAGGAACACAACAAGGAUGGUCGUCAAGAUCAUGCCAGAUGGGCAUGGGCUAAAGGGACGAGGGAAAAUUUGGAUGGAAGGAAGUCCUCCGGACUCAGACCUCUGGGUCUUCAGGCACAUGUCUGAGCCGGAGCUGCAGGUGGAGUGCAUCAUGUCAUCUCCUCAGAGUACCAACGGCUCCACCAAGGCCCAGGCCACCUCAUCUUUCAAAAAAAAAUACUUCCACGACCAGCUAUUCCUGUUCCUGCUUUUGCAACUAUUGUUUACCCUGAGCCUCCUCUCAUAUUGGUACCUGCCUUCUGGGUCUGCGCAGAAACCUUGCCAUUCUGUGCAGGUGUCACCAUCCUCCAUCACUCCUGUGCUCACCAUCCUAAUAUGGACGUGGCCUUUUAAUGAGCCAGUGUCCAUUCGAGAACUCCACUGCUCAGUCCCCUGGACCAAGAUGGUAGACUGCCAAAUCACACUGAACCGUACCUGGUAUAAGAAGGCCCAUGCAGUCAUCAUCCACCACCCUGAUGUGAGUAGCAAUCCCUCCCUGCAGCUACCUCCCGCACCACGGCCGGUCAACCAGCAAUGGAUCUGGUUCACCCUUGAGUCACCCAGCCACUUGAGAAACUUGGCCGCUAUGGAUGGCCUCUUCAACCUGACCAUGACCUACCGGAUCGACUCAGACAUCUUCGCCCCUUAUGGGUGGCUCAAGCCACGGCAGAGACUGAAGAACAAUUCCUUCAUUAGACCUCCCUCUCCCAAAACCAAGCUGGUGGCCUGGGUGGUGAGUAAUUGGAAGGAAAGUUCCUCACGGGUUAAAUACUUCCGGAAGCUAGCACCCUAUCUGUCUGUGGACAUCUAUGGGAAAUAUCACAAGCCGUUACCAGUCCCAAAACAGCAGACUGUCCUAUCCAAAUACAAGUUCUACUUGGCUUUUGAGAACUCUCUGCACCAAGACUACAUCACAGAGAAGCUUUGGCACAAUGCCUUGAAGGCCUGGACUGUGCCCAUAGUGUAUGGUCCACCAAGGUACAACUAUGAGCGCUUCCUGCCAUCUGAUGCCUUUAUUCAUGUGAGUGACUUCAGGACCCCCCAGGAACUAGUUGCCUACCUAAUGAAACUGAAUAAGGAUGAGGAGCGCUACCUCUCAUACUUCCAGUGGCGGAAGCACCUGGAGGUGGUAACCAGGUCUGGCUGGCACCAGGAAUUCUGUAAGGCAUGCCGGAUCCUACAGGAUCCACCCACCUACCGAACUCUGCCAAUGCUGUCCAAAUGGUUCUCCUGA